AUGUUCAACCGCGACGCCCUAUUCGGCAAGAGACAGGAACCUCCCCCGCCCGGCCAACGACUUCCGCCCCGACAAUCCUCUCAAGCCCCAUCAUAUGAUCAAGAACCCAAGAGAGACUAUCCCAGCACAUCCCGACCCGCCAGAAUGAGGCUCCAACCCGUGCAAUCGCCCGAUAAGGCGCUGACCUACUCCAACAUCUGCGCCGUGAGUGAGCAGGACUUCAAGCGGAGAUCAGACGGCACCGACUACCAUCUCCUGCUCAAUGGCCAAUUUGUCCUCUCCGCCCGUCCGGGACCCAUGCCCCGAGGCCAGAUCAGUCUGAAUGAGAUCCAAAGAACGUGGAUGCGCAUCGCUGUGACGGAUGUGGUGGAGGUCGAAGAAUUCCACCUAUUUGAGCAGGGAGCCAAGAGCUAUUUGAGCAGCAUGGACAUUGAAAUCGGAUUCGCGGGGAGUAAAGCACCUGCUGCUCCUCCCUUUGAUCAAGACGAGUUGGCAGAUGCUGUGACCAAGAUUUUCCGCAAUCAGGUCUUUGCGCCCGGGCAGAGCUUCUUGCUGGACUUUCGAGGGCCGAAGAUGAAGCUCACCGUUAGGACUGUAGAGCUGGUGGAUCUUGCGAGCUUAAAGGCAGGCGGAACACAGCAAACAAAUCCCAAUGCGAGAGGGUUGUUGAUCCCCGAGACGGCCAUCAACUUCUUCAAGGACGCAAAGUCACCUAUACAGCUCAAGGGUUCGACGAGAAGACCGGCUGCCAACUCCGUCAUUCGUCCAGACUUUAAAUUCGAAGACAUGGGUAUUGGUGGUUUGGACAAGGAGUUCAGUGACAUCUUCCGUCGCGCUUUCGCCUCGAGAAUCUUUCCGCCCGGACUUGCAGAGAAGCUAGGCAUUCAGCACGUUCGUGGAAUCUUGUUGUUUGGACCUCCCGGAACAGGAAAGACUCUCAUUGCUCGUCAAAUCGGUAAGAUGCUGAACGCUCGCGAGCCCAAGGUCAUCAACGGACCCGAAGUUCUCAACAAGUACGUCGGUCAGUCAGAAGAGAACAUUCGCAAGCUUUUCGCCGACGCCGAAAAAGAGCAAAAGGAAAAGGGAGAUGAAUCAGGUCUUCACAUCAUCAUCUUCGACGAGUUGGACGCCGUCUGCAAACAGCGUGGCUCUGGAGCUGGUGGUGGUACUGGUGUGGGCGACAGCGUGGUCAACCAGCUUCUCUCCAAGCUCGAUGGUGUAGAGCAGCUGAACAACAUCCUCCUCAUUGGUAUGACAAAUCGCAAAGACAWGAUCGACGAAGCACUCCUCCGAAGUGGACGUCUCGAAGUUCACAUGGAAAUUUCCCUCCCGGACGAACCCGGCCGUGCCCAGAUUCUCAAGAUUCACACCACCAAAAUGAAGGAAAACGAUAAACUAGGGAGCGACGUCGACUUAGCAGUUCUCGCCAAAGAGACACGAAACUUCUCCGGUGCCGAGAUCAGCGGUCUCGUAAAWUCUGCCAGCUCUUUUGCUUUACAACGACACAUCAAAGGCGGCACCGUUGCAGCUCUCUCCGACGACAUCAACGAAAUGAAGAUUCACAUGAAUGAUUUCCUCGGUGCAUUACAAGAAGUCAAACCGCUCUUUGGUGUGAGCGAGGAAGAUCUCGACGACUGUGUUGAAGGAGGAAUCAUCCAUUUCGGACCUCAAAUCGACAAGAUUUUGAAGAACGGAAGAGACUUCGUCGAGCAAGUCCGCACCAACACCACCAGAUUACACUCCGUCAUUUUGCACGGACCGCGAGGAUCCGGAAAGACUGCGCUUGCUGCGAAAAUCGCGCUUCUAAGCGAAUUCCCAUUCAUCAAGUUGGUACGGCCGGUGGAUAUGGUGGGUAUGAACGAGAUUCAGAAGAUCCAAGCCUUGAGCAAAGUGUUCACGGACGCUUACAAGUCACCUUUGAAUGUGCUUGUUCUUGACAACAUUGAACUUCUAGUCGACUGGGUACCGGUCGGGCCGCGUUUCAGCUCUGCAGUCCUUGCAGCGUUGAAAGGACUGAUGGAGCAAAAGCCACCCAAAGGUCGGCCGCUCUUGAUCCUGGCAACGACGAGCGAGAGAACUGUCUUGCAACAAUUACAACUUGCAUUCAAAGCGCAGAUUGCAGUACCGAAUCUACAGACUCAAGGAGAGCUGGCACAUGUCAUGCAGGAAAGCGGGCAAUUUGAUGACGAAGGUAUCAGGAGGGCGAUUGGAGAGAUUGAAGCUACAACAGGGAGCAAGAACAUUGGGGUGGGCAUUCAGCAGAUUAUCUUGGCGAUACAGACGGCGAUGCAAGAUCCGGAUCGUGCUGGACGGUUUGCAGAGGUCRUGUGUGAGGCUAUCAACGAGGCAGGGUAUUAG